CAAAAUCGGAGUUAAAGCUCUUAUCUUUCUGCCCAGCAAUGAUACAUUCACUUCUCAAAACCUGAAAUGUCUCAACAAUUUCAAAGUUUUAUCUAAUUAGAGCAAACUCUAUAAAAAGUCUCGAAACGUUCCUUCUCUCGGCUUUUCUCUCAACAUAAAAAUGCUAGUCAACCCUACCAACACACUUGCGUUCAGCAUUUUAAAACGGGAAGGCUGACAAAAGCGAAAGCUUCCCCGCUAUUCCUUUGUGAAUAAGCUUAACUAGCUUUCUAUUUUUCAUCAAGUGACAAGAUACAUUUCAAGAAUUGGCACAAGAAGCCGGAAUCGUCCUAAUGUGAUUAUUGUAAAUGCACUGUGAACUACAUCAGUCACACUCGCCGGUGGUGGAUAGUUAGACCGAUCGUUCGAUCAGUACCUAGUGAUCGGGUCCGGAGGAAGAUGGCCGCCAGUGAUUCUCGUGCGAGGCUGUCAUGAAGAAGUUAGGAUUUUCGUUCGCUCUUGCCGUCGCUCUUGCAGCAACGGAAAACAGCGACUGCUUGCGAAAUGCAAGUGUCAUUCUUGUUUGAGAGUUGCGUGUCGCGAAGUGUCACAAAAAAGUGCUAUCAAGAGUUAGUGCUCAGUGACGCGAGAUAUAGAACCUGGUGAAUCUUCGGGUUUUCGAAGUUCCUGAGUGCUAAUAAUGGCAGACAACAAAAUGGAAUGGGUGGAGAUCAUCGAGCCUCGGACGAAGGAACACAUGUAUGCGAAUCUCACGACUGGGGAAUGCGUUUGGGAUCCUCCACCAGGUGUGCCUGUCAAGAAAACGGAUAAUAAUCAGUGGUGGGAGUUAUUUGAUCAAAAUACCUCGAGAUUUUAUUAUUAUAAUGCAACUUCCCAGAAGACAGUUUGGCACCGCCCUACUGACUGCGAUAUCAUUCCUUUGGCAAAAUUACAGACACUGAAGCAGAACACAGAACCAGCAGGUGGUGGAGGAACGAAUGAUUCUCAGAAGCAAAAUGAGUCAAGGAGGAAGGAAUCCGUUUCGACUCAAACCCAAACCCCGAUUGUUGGAAGGACAGGACGUUUCAAUCAUCAUGAAACUCCCACCCUGGUAGCUAAUAUGCAAAUAAGUAAACCUCACAGCAUGAAUCCUGGAGCAGGAGUUGAUCUUAGAACCUCACCUCCAUCUCCUUCUCCGUCAUCGAGGCGUCAUCAUCAUCACCACCAUCAUAACAGCAGACAUCAUCAUAGGCACCAUGAUCAAUCAUCCACUCGACGACAUCAUAAUCAUUCUCAGGACUCGGGACGAUCGAGCGAUAGUUCGGUCUCCCAUAGUCGAACUUCCCUGGAGUCGACGGGUUAUAGACUGCUAGAUUCACCCCAUCGACACCAGCAUCAGCAACGAACCAUUGCUCAGCAACAGGUCAUAUCUUCACAAUCGUCCAGACAACCUAGUGGUAGCUUAGAGAUUAGAUCUCACAAGAGUGGAACCCUCGAGGGCGUCAAAAAUCAAAAGCUACUAGCUUCCGUAGACUCCCAGCCUUUAGGUUUAUCCCUUUCGACGAGCACUCCUCUCUUCAAGAAGAAGACAUUCACCGAGCCCCAGCGAGAGUCCAGAGCUGGAAAUUUAGAUUUGGAUAAGAGUAAAAAUGGUAGAGAAAGUAGUAGAAGCUCUUAUGGACCCGAGCCAAGUACAUCACCAUAUCGAGAAACAGUUAUGGAAUGUAGAGGUUUUAGACAGGAAAUGCCGCCAUAUCGUCCACCAGAAUUUCAACAAUGUUACAGUCACAAAGCCCAGGCCGACAAGUACGGUUCACUUAUUGAGACAAGUAGUCGCUUCAGAGAUCGAGAGCGAGAAUCGCUUCACCGGGAGAGAGUGAACUCCUUCGACAAAUCAAACAGCUCGUCAUUUUAUCCAAGUGCUGCUCUUUCGCGAAAUAUAAGUAAACCCGAUACUACCGGCAGUAUUGGCAGGAGACAUCAUGGAUGUUCUGCCUCUCUCUCAGAAGCGAAUGUCCGAGAAAUGUACGGUUCAAUUUCCACAGAGAGAAAUGAGCCGUCCAAAAGCCUGGCGAGAGGUGCAACUGUUUUGGGAAAUGUAUUAAAGCAGAGAAGUUUGGAGGUUUCGGAGAGAGAGAGGGAUUAUAGGAGAACCGCAGCGUGCAAUAAUUUAUUAGAUUCUAGUGUUCAACAACCUUUAGCUCGUAGUUACAGCUUCGUCCAGCAGCAGAAGCAACAACAAAAAUUGCAACAGCAGCAACAGCAGCAGCAACUGCAGCAACAGCAGAGUAGACGUCACGAGAAGGAUGAUGAUUCAAUGCACGAACGUUAUUUAGUUGAACAAAGUCAUGAUCAAGCUCGUCAGCGACUGUGCAGUAAUACGAGCAGCAGCAAUAGCAGUCACAGUAGUAGCAAUAGUGCGGUCGAAGAUGAGAUAGAAGUUCCGAUAGAUCCUGAUAAUGGGAAGAAGAAAAGGAGCAAUGGAAAUCCAAGUCCUCCACCUUCGCCCUACUAUGGAAACCUUCUCCUUGAUGCUGAUCACUUGUUGCCUCUUCAACAUUACAUUUUACAACAAGCAAAGCUUUCGGGUUGUUACAAAUUCGGAGAUCCUUUAUUAACAGAAGAAGGUGACGACUCGCUGGAUGAGGAAGGUGGUAGGGGCAGCGAACUUCGAGAGAGAGCAGAUGACGAUUCAGACGAUCAAUUUGCAGAUGACGAAGCUGCUAGCAACCAAGGAGAUUCGUCGAGUCAAGAGUAUCUUGAAGAUCAUUACGCAGAUCUGGCGAAUUACGACACAGCAGGCCUAGCAACUUACUACAAUACCGCAGAUACCUUGACGAGGCCGCAUGUGACUGCUCCUAUCGCACCACCUCCACCUCCUCCAACGAACAUCACUCAAUCUGAAGCUCGUGACACCUUAACUCCAAGGCCAAUUUCUCUUCCAAGUCCAGCUGUUAUUUCCGGAAGAAAUUUUGAUACAACCGACUAUGAUGAAGCUAAAAGGGACGACAAUACCAGUGGAGGUGACAUUGAAAAAUACGCCCAAGACAAUCUCAAUCUGAACUGCGGAAGACCCAAGGGACUUAGACUCUUGUUCCGGAAGAAGUUCAGUGUUCGUGACAUUCUCAGUUGGUCGAAAGAUCCAAUACCGCAACCGAUGCUGGUCGUCGUUGACGGGGAGAAGUUGUUGAAACGAGAAGCCUGCAAUCUCUUUCGGUUGGUUCAGGUUUACAUGGGUGAUCGGAAAGCCAACGUUGGUAUGACGCUGGACGGAGUCGCGAUGGAAAUCGUAAAUACUGCCUUUUCGAAGCCACCAUUGCGAGAUGAACUUUAUGUGCAGAUUUGUCGUCAGACUACGGAGAAUCCUCGGAAGGAAAGUUUGAGGCGAGGUUGGGAGUUGAUGGCGGUGUGCCUCGCAUUUGUUCCUCCUAGUGCCACUUUUGAGCCUUAUUUGGAAGGUUAUAUGAAUAGACAUCGAGAUCCUAACUUCCAAUUUCCAGAGGUGGCCAAGUGGCCGAUUCAUGUGCAAGUUAGUCAUUACGCGACUGUUGCUUGUCGACGUCUUCAGCGAAUAGGAGCUCAUGGGAAAAGACAACCACGAAAAGCAACUAUUGAGGACAUCGAUCAAGCGAGACUACAAAUCUUUCGUGCUUCUAUGUUUGGCGCAACGCUGUCCGAAGUUAUGGCUUUGCAGCGAGAUCGCUUUCCGCAACGAGAAUUGCCUUGGGUUCAGACUACGUUGACUCGUCAGGUUUUGGUUCGAGGUGGAACAGUGACUGAGGGUAUCUUCAGAGUAUCGGCAGAUGCUGACGAAGUCAGUGCUUUGAAAUCUUGCUUGGACAGGUUCGAGGACGGUGCAAUAUUGGCAGCUUCGCAGGACGCUCACGCGCCUGCGUCCCUCUUGAAAUUGUGGGUUCGAGAGCUUUACGAACCCCUGAUACCAGAUUCCUUUUACAAUGAAUGUGUCUCCAUGCGACACGAUGAUCAAGAAGCUUCCGCUGCUAAUAUAGCUGGCGUAGUCGAUAGACUUCCUGACCUUAAUCGCAGAGUUCUCUGUCAUCUCGUACACUUUCUACAGAUUUUUGCACGACCAGAGGUGGUGGCCCGUACGAAAAUGGAUGCAAACAACUUGGCGAUGGUGAUGGCGCCAAAUAUUUUGCGAUGCACAUCACAAGAUCCGCGAGUAAUCUUGGAGAAUGCAAGAAAAGAGAUGGCCUUUGUUCGUUCGAUGAUCGAGACGUUAGAAACUGCUUGGGUAGACGACCUGCACUGACCAUCGCUACACCGCUAGAAUGUUCUAGACAACUAUGCCAAAUGAACCAGCUGAUGAUAAUCAUUAUCAUCUUUACUAUUAUGAAUAUUAUUUUUUAAGUACUGACACUUUCGUUCGUUCUCCAUUCAUUCUCACUUUCAUCAUAGCCUGUCUCUCUAUAUUUUCUCUCUCUCUCUCUCUCUCUCUUGUCUAUUAUGACAUCUACAAUCUACUGCUACGCAUAUAGACACUAUUGUGCUAUUAACUCGUUUUUUUCACACUUUCUAUUUAUUAUUUAUACAAAGAUUCUACGUUACGGAACUAGAGAUUAUUAGAUUAUAUAGCUAUAUCGCAAUAACAUGUAUGUAUAUUUUAACUUCCCUUGUUACCGCGUGUUAAUCGCGGACGGCUUUUUUACUCGAUACUUGUUGAAUCUCGUGUAAGAUAAACGAUAUGUUACCGUGUAUAGCUGCACCAUGGAAGGUCUUUUUGUAUGAGCGAUGAAGCAAUGUGUAUGACGUUUUCUUGUAAAGUAAACACUGUGGACGGUUAUCAAGCUAAA